ACAUAUACCCUGCACACACGCGCGCGCGCGCACACACACACACACACGACGCGCACAGACACACACGCUCGCUCGCUCCCUCCCUCCGGCGCUCUACUCUGAGCCCUCCCGCCCGCCUCGCAUUCACCGGCCUCGGCUCUGACUCCUCGCUCCCGCCGCCUAGCGAAGCAGCGCUGGGCUCGGAGCUGCUCAUGGAGAAAGUGCCCGGCGACAUGGAGAGAGAGCGCAGGGAGCGGAGCGAGGAGCUGUCCGAGGCGGAGAGGAAGGCGGUGCAGGCUACGUGGGCCCGGCUGUAUGCCAACUGCGAGGACGUGGGGGUAGCCAUCCUGGUGAGGUUCUUUGUGAACUUCCCGUCAGCCAAGCAGUACUUCAGCCAGUUUAGACACAUGGAGGACCCCUUGGAGAUGGAGAGGAGUCCCCAGCUGCGGAAGCAUGCCUGCCGGGUCAUGGGGGCCCUCAACACUGUCGUGGAGAACCUGCAUGACCCCGAGAAGGUGUCUUCUGUGCUCGCCCUGGUGGGCAAGGCCCACGCCCUCAAGCACAAGGUGGAACCUGUGUACUUCAAGAUUCUCUCUGGGGUCAUUCUGGAGGUGAUCGCCGAGGAGUUUGCCAAUGACUUCCCUCCUGAGACGCAGAAAGCCUGGGCCAAGCUGCGUGGUCUCAUCUACAGCCAUGUGACCGCUGCCUACAAGGAAGUGGGCUGGGUACAGCAGGUCCCCAACACCACCACCCCACCGACCACGCUGCCCUCUUCGGGGCCAUAGGACCCCUCCCAGCCCCCCUCUCCCUGGCAGCACUUUGGGCAGAAGGCUGAAUUCUGAAGACACUCCUUGACCUUCCAUUUCUGGGUGCCAAGGAAGCUGGAGGAAUCCCGACUCAACUUCCCGAAAGGAGGCCUUCCUCAUGGCCCUGGUCCCCCCAGGCUGCUGGGAGGUGGGGCUAGCUACCUUGAUGCUGAACCUAGCAGUGGGGGACCCUCCUGCCUCCCCAGCAGGGGGUGCACCCGUCUUAGCUUUUCUACUUCCUGUUAGAGAGGGACCUAGCAAGCAGCCGGUGGGAAGCCAGGACAAGCUCGUGAGUCACUUCAGAAAGGCACUAGCCCCACUGCGUUCUGCCCACCAGCAUGUAGGCUCACCUCAGCAUCUAGAGUAUCACGCACACAUGUCUACCACAUAUACAGAUAUAUUCUAUAUACGAUCUCUAUAUAAAUAUAUAAAUAUAUAUAAAUACAUAUCUAUCAUGUGUAGCUGCAGGCCCAGAAGCCUCAGUCUUGCCCAGCUAUGGGAGGCCAGGGGGAUCCCCAGCAUGUGCCUGGGCAGCACUCCGGGGAGUAUGGAGAAACAGAGAAGAGGGCGGGGCCAGGAAGUGGAGUUGGGGUGCCUCAGCUUGCCCCCAUAGCUCAGUGCUCUACAUUCCUGCCCGUCUACAAAAAAGAAAGAAAAGAUCUAGUUUGCCCAGUGUAGUGGCACACACCUGUAACCCCAGCAGGAGCCUGGGAGGCCAAGAGCAUCGUUGCAAUUGCAAGUUCGAGGUCAGGUGGUCUCUACCCAGUCUCCAUGGUGAUGAGCAGGCUAGCCAGGGCUACACAAGCAGACCCUGUCUCAAACAAAAUAAAAAAUAAGAUCUGGCUCUCCUCACCUUCCUAAGGGUUUGGCUGACUGGCUUACCCUAGGAAGGGCAGGGACCAGGGCGCACCAAGAGCUCAGAAGAUCCCACUGGGGCGGCAGCCAGUGUUUGUAUCCUGUGUAUGCAUGUGUGGAGGGGUGAGGGACAGCCUCGGUAAGGAGCCUCACCUGCUCACUUCAGACAGCAGCCAGACCACAGGACCAGGGACUCCGUCCUCAGUGGAGACCGAGGGCCUUUCCUGCCCUCCUGCAGGCCACCAGGCCAUCCUGUCCACCUAGUCUCCUUAACGUUGCUGGGGACCCCGUGCGUACUCCCUGGUCCGUGUGUUCUGUCCUGGAGGAUGUCUUGCUGCUGUGGCUGCCGUGCCUGCAUCCCCUCCUGUCCCAUCCUCACGCAGCCUCCCUGUAACCGCCUGUCUUUUUGUAGUUUCUGAUGUUUGUAACCAGCUGUGCCAUUAAACAGGCCCGUUCUUCCUGAA